AUGGCAUCUAGCUCGACAUCGACAACGUUAUCUGAGAGUGGUUAUAUUUUCUCACCCAAGCGAUAUUACAUUAACAAUUUGGACAGUUACCAUGGGGCGUAUAUAGUAAAAGAAAUUAGUAAAAUAAUAGCGGAGAAAAACGUGCCAUCUCCGAAACAAUCUUCACGAACAUUGGUCGGAGAAGAUGUUCAAGUGCCUUCAUUUACUCCACCUGAACAACCUUAUGAGAUUAUAGGUACAGUAACUAACCCAAAGCUCAAGAGUAUAGACAACGUGGCGAGAUUUGUACCGAAAGAAGAAUGUGUACCACAGAUGUUGACGUGCGGAACAGUUAUUCUGGACAUAAGUUACGACAGAGAUGAGCUUAAAGUAGCAAUGGAUUAUAUGAAUGUGUUAAAUGAACUAAUAGAAAAACAAAAACCUCCGCCCAAGGAUGAUGACGAUGAGCCCACUGCCACUACGGCCGUAGAUACAGAUAAACGUAUAUUGAUACUGAUAUCUACCGUCAUGUCGUGGGGCAGUACUAAACCCAUGGAUCCAGAUAACCCAGAUAUGCCAUUCAUCGAAUUGGAUUUUCGUAAAAGAAAGCCACAUCCUAAUUAUAAGAUGCACUAUGAUAUUGAAAAUGAAGUAAUCGGCGUUGCCAGGAAGUAUAGGUCACAGAUUGGAGCUUUGGUAAUAGCGACAGGAGUAACGUACGGAGGACGAGAGGACGUACUAUUCUAUUGGUUUCAAAAGGCUUGGGAAUGCGAACCUGUAUUGCCAAUUUUAGGUCGUGGAAGGAAUGUAAUACCUUUAAUUAAUGUUCUCGAUUUAGCAAAAAUUGUGUACAAUUUAGUUGUGGACUUUCCAAGGAAGCUUUACAUUUUAGCAGUUGAACAAAACGUCACAAAACAAAGAGAGAUAGUGAAACCACUCGGACGUGCGAUUGGUUCUGGAAUGUUCAAAUGUAUAUCACCGGAAGACGCUUUUUUGAUUCCAGAAAUAGACCAAAGAAUCUUUGACCUUAUGACUUUAAACUUAAAUAUGGAGCCAACUUUCAUAGUUGAGACUAUGGGACUGCAGUGGACAUCGGAAUUGACUUUUGGAGAAAAUGUACCGACUCUUAUGAAGCAGUUCAAGAAAGAGAGGACAUUAAAACCAUUUAAGAUUCUCGUAUACGGUCCUCCAAUUGUGGGCAAAACUACAUUAGCGAAGCUUAUUUGCCAUAAUUACGGUCUCGUCUACAUUUCUCCAGAAACUGUCGCCCAAGACCUACUUUCGGAUUUAGCGUGGCGUGUCAAUCAUUGGGAUGUUGGUGAGACGGCAGCGUUGGCUCCACCCACCGGUGAAGAAGAAGAGCCGGUCGAUGAGGAUGAUGAUGCUGAAGACGAGGAUGCGCAGGCUGUAGUGCGACAAACACUAAGUAUUCUCCAGUCUGGACGGGCGCCUACUGAUGAAGAGAUCAUGGGAUACUUGCGACAGAAAAUGUUGUCUCGUGAUGCUAUAAACAGAGGAUGGGUUCUUGAUGGAUUUCCCACAAAUAUGGCACAAUGCGCAGCGCUGUUUGAGAAAGGCGAAGAACAAGAUUCUGAAAGCGCUGACGGAGCAGAACAUGAGCCUUUUGAUGAAGAUGUUGAUUUGUACAGUAACGUAUUGAAAAAGCUUUUGCCAGAUAUCGUUGUAUCGCUAGAAGCCACUGACGAAUUUUUAUGCGAUAAAGCAAUGCGACAGCCUGAGGGAGACCCUAGGUUUGACGAAGAGACCGUUUUAAAGAGGUUGAAUGACUUUCGCUUCGCUGAUUCACGUGAAACUACUCCGUUGAACUUUUUUGACGAAUUGGAUAUACAUCCUUUAGUCGUACCCGUAAAGGAACAUCAAGAUUAUGAUAUGAAACUUUCAUACCAUAACGUAGAACUGCGUAUGGGUCGCCCAUGUCGCUAUGGUAAACUCCUUGGUCUUAUUGAAGCAGCGGAAAAGAAGGAAAAAGAAGAACGUAAAUUAAGAAAAGCAGCUGAAACGAAAGCUUUAGAAGCUCUUGAGCGUAGCCUAAAAGAGGAACGAGAAGAGAAAAUGGAAUAUUGGACUGAGUUGUAUGCAUUACUUCGAGAGGAGGAAGAGGCUGCGUUAGCGGCAGCUGGCGAACCUAUGCGCAACUAUCUUAUUCAUCACAUCUUCCCCACAUUAACCCCUGCUCUUCUCGAAGUCGCUAAAUUACGCCCAGAGGACCCGGUAGACUUCCUCGGAGAUAAUCUAAUCAAAUUGAACCCUCAUGCUAAGAAGCUCGAUCCGAAAUUGAGAAGACUCAUUGAAACUUUUUUAAGUAGACAAGGUGCUGCUAAUAGUGGCAUUAACAUAUGUAAAAUUGAAAAAGAUGUAACUCAUGUGACGGAUAAAGAUAAAGAUGAUCUUGAAGUUGCGGAACAGCUGUUCAAAUUGAAUCCGAGCGGUAAGAUGCUUGAACCAGGAUAUAAUUUACAAGCAGAGAAGUUAUUGGGCAAAAUUAAAAUCCUCGACGACGCUAUCAAGAAUCUUGACAUCAAAAUCGAACCGCUUUUUGUUGAAGUAGAGGAUACUUCUCAAAGUAGUUCUGCGGCAGCGGCUAUUGCCAAUAAACUAAUGGGACCUUUAUAA